AAAAGGAGCUCAUAUCCAUCCGUGCAAUCUUGCGUCCGCCAAACCAACGAUGCUCGCUGCUCGCAACGUUGUGAGCUGGCUCGCAGCCCGGGCUGCACCAGCCAUGCAAGCUGGCCUGAGGCGAGGCGUCGCUGUGUCGAUCUCUGCGCGUUGCCAGAGCACAGCUUGCCGGCGCCAUGUUGUGGCCACGCUGCGCCGGCACCUGCACAGCAACACACGAUCCAGCGUGGGCACGCGCGUGCAGUCUGGUGUGCUGGCCAACACCGCCGUCCGCGCCGCAGAGUUUAGCUCCACCACUGGCGCGGCCAUGGAUGCUUCCCAACGCACGAUUGGUGUCUGGCUCCUGGGCACCACUGGCCUCAUCUUUGGCGCUGUCGUCCUCGGCGGCGUGACCCGGCUGACGGAGUCGGGCUUGUCCAUGGUCAAGUGGCACCCAAUCAAGGGCAUGCGCCCGCCCGUCUCCGAGGAGGAGUGGAUCGAGGAGUUUGAGUGCUACAAGCAAUACCCAGAAUACAAAUAUUCCAACGGCAUGUCGCUGGAGGACUUUAAGCGCAUCUUCUACAUGGAGUAUGCCCACCGCAUGUGGGGGCGCCUCAUUGGCGUCGCUUUUGCUGUUCCCGCCAUCGCCUUCUGGCUUCGCGGCCGUAUUCGCCAACAGUACAAACCGGUUGUGCUGGCCAUGGGUGGAUUGCUUGGAUUCCAGGGCGUGCUGGGCUGGAUCAUGGUCAAGAGCGGCCUUGACUACGACCCUGAAGGAAAGCACGUUCCCCGCGUCAGCCACUAUCGCCUCGCUGCACACCUUGGGUCUGCCUUCCUUCUCUACAUCGUCACCCUGUGGACGGGUCUCUCGCACAUCCUCCCGGAACGCACCUUCAAGGAGACGCCCCGCGCGCUGUUCAAGCUGAAGCGGUAUGCGCACAUGGUUGGCGGGCUCGUCUUCAUCACGGCGCUCUCCGGCGCGUUUGUUGCCGGCCUGGACGCUGGCCUCCUCUACAACGAGUUCCCACUCAUGGGCGGGCGAUGGGUGCCGAGCGAUUUGCUGGCGCUGUCACCGACCUGGACCAACUUCUUCGACAACCCGACAACCGUCCAGUUUGACCACCGCAUCCUCGGAGUGACGACGGGCCUGUCUGUGCUGGCGCUGUGGGCAAAGGCGCGAAAGCUGCCGCUGCACGGGCGCGCGCGUCUCGCCAUCAACGCCAUGCUUGGCAUGGUCUCCGUUCAGGUUUCCCUUGGCAUCGCAACGCUCUUGUACUUUGUUCCCACGCCCCUCGCAGCCACACACCAAGCUGGGUCGCUGACGCUGCUGACGUUUGCAGUCUGGUUCAUGCAUGAGCUCCGGCGCCUCAAGCUCAACAAGAUGCCAAAGUGACCCGCACCUCAAAGGCUCUCUUCUCGUUGCUUCCUGUCUGUCGUCUUGUCUCUCUCCACACCACAGUAAACUGCUCAAUCACAUCACGCAACUCCGCAAACGCAUCCCCCAAGACACACACACACACACACACACACAC